AUGAGUCCUGCUGCUGAAUGCCUUGAAGCUCUACCACAGCAGAAGAUGGCCGAGAAUGGGCUUCAAAAAGGGAGGAGUGGCACACUGGAGGAAGACAGCCACCCAACAUCACACCCGCGGGGCGGAAAAGGGAAUGGCGCAGAUGGUCUCAUGGCGGUGUUCGACAGCGAGACUGAAAGGAAGCCAACCAACGGUGCCAAUGGUACAAAGGCGCAACGGGGACAUGCGACAUCGGACAGACACUUUAGCAAUGGUGGACACAAAACAGCGGACUUAGGAUCGUCAGAACAGGGCCUCGGUAUCCUGAUGGAGCAUUCAUCGGACGGAGGAGAUAAUCCUGGCAGGUUGUCGGUCGUGGAUGUCUACGAAGGCCCUAAGGUCAACGCUGCUCUGGCAGAAUUGACUGAUGAUAUCUCUCACGAACUAUCGGAUGAAAAAGAGAAGGUUAUGAAGUUGUCUCCUGAGAAGAUCCAGGAGCUCACUUCAUCCCCACAGUCAAUACCCUAUCGUCCUCUAGGUACACAAACGGACGCUGGGAAACGAGUGGUAUCCGACACCACUCACGACAACCCUUCCCUUCCUCGACCAGAUGUACCAGAAUUUAUGCUUCAGACCCUAAGCGAAAAGCCAUUGCCCACGGAGGUUUUGCCAAGACUACGACCAACUAGGGAUGUGCUACUGGGAGAUGCUUCUGCGCCAGCGAGUCCGGCCUUCCCACGGAGUACUCAAAGCUCGCAUGCCCGGAAUCGUCCCCAGCCAGCACGAACAGUUUCGACCCCUGGUGCCAUGCGUCGUCAAGUACCGUCCACCCCAGUCAAUGAUCGUUUAAACCAUACAUGGGCUUCGCGCUCAAAACAGGAACGGCUCCCGGUGGAGCGCGACUUGAAGAACAAUCUCAUCGCAUCGCCUCAACUUAUGGAAUCACCUAUGUCUCCCCCCGUGGCAUCAUCUAUCCCUCUGCCUCCAGUUUCUCUGCCGACCUAUCUUCAGCUUGAGCUUGCUUCUGGUCGACCUUCGCCGCUGUACAUUCACCGUGACGCAGCUAAUGACUUCCCAUAUGAAUCAUCCCGAGUGAAGAUUGAAAGGCUCAUGAACUUCCUUAUGCUUCCACCCAUGCUAGAGCAGGUACUUUGCUUCGGAAGUCUUGCCUGCCUUGAUGCAUGGCUCUAUUCUUUCACGAUAAUGCCGUUGCGAUUCAUUAAGGCAGUCUACAUCUUGGUCGUAUCAUGGGUGAUGAACCUGGGCGCGGAGGUUAGCUUCACCUGUAAAUUUGUUUUGAAUGGGAUUGGUCGAGUGUGGCGCAGAAGGAACCAUACAGGCAAGGAGGACCAACCUGAACGACGCCAAAGCGAAUCUGACACCACUCAUCAUCUUCCUCCGGGCUCUUCAGCCGGGCCAGAUGUGAUCGCCACAGACAAAGACUCUAGGCACCCACAGCCGGAGGGAUUAAGGAAGAAGCACAGGUCCUCUGAAUCUCGCAGGCAUCAUCACCGACGGAAGAAGUCAAUGCCCUCCACACUGCUUCCAGACGAUAAAGCGGACAUUCUGACUGGCCUGCUUAUGAUAGCUACUUGCUGUGUUUUGAUGUACUUCGAUGCCAGCCGAAUGUAUCAUUGGAUCCGUGGACAGGCCGCUAUCAAGCUGUACGUCAUCUACAACGUGCUGGAAGUCAGCGACAGACUCUUGGCUGCCAUAGGUCAAGAUGUGCUUGAGUGCCUCUUUUCCCGAGAGGCCCUCGAGCGUCGUCCAGACGGUCGAAGCAAGAUCAUCCGCCCAUUCUGGCUGUUCUUGUUAGCUCUCGUGUACACCGUCUCUCAUGCGACCUCUCUGUUCUACCAAGUCAUGACAUUGAACGUGGCAGUGAACUCGUAUUCCAACGCCUUGAUCACCCUCCUCUUAUCCAACCAAUUCGUGGAGAUCAAAUCCACGGUCUUCCGCAAAUUCGAAAAAGACAACCUCUUCCAAUUAACCUGCGCCGACGUCGUGGAACGCUUCCAACUCUGGCUAAUGCUAACAAUCAUCGCCUCUCGCAACAUCGUCGAAACAGGCGCCUUCAACUUCAUUGGCAACUUCGGUCUAAACUCCAGCUUCACAAGCCAAUCCUCAACAAGCACGAACAGCACACCCCUAUCCACGCCCCCGCGCACCGCUUCCUCAAUCCUCCCCCAAGCCUUCACCCUCUUCCCCUCGUCCAUCCUUUCCUCCUUCAACAGCGUCAACUCCAUAAUCCCAACCCUCGCCCAAGUUCUCGGCCCUUUCCUCGUAGUCCUGGGCUCGGAAAUGCUAGUCGACUGGCUGAAACACGCCUACAUCAACAAAUUCAACAACAACCGCCCCGCAAUCUACGGCCGCUUCCUCGACGUCCUCGCAAAAGACUACUACACCAACGCCUUCGGCGAACAAAACCUCACCCGCCGCAUCGGCCUCCCCGUCAUCCCACUCUCCUGUCUAUUCUUCCGCGUCUCCGUCCAAACAUACCAAAUGUUCCUCGCCGCCCUGCUCCCCCACAAUCCCUCCUCAACAGCAAUGGAAGCAACAUCCCUAACAUCCAUCCACAACCACUACGCUCCCUCCCCAGUCCCCUCCGCACCACCAUUCACACUAUCCACCAUCAUCCCCGCCUCAGCAGCGCACGUAAGCGCUCUCUUCCGCACUCUCCUCGAGAACGCGAUCCCGUCGCCCGCGCAAAGCGUGCAUAUCUUCACGGCCAUCUUCCUCUUAACCGGCUUCGUGGUCUUGCUUAUCUUGAAGCUGUUGCUCGGUAUGCUAUUGCUCGCCUUUGCGCGCUCCAGGUACCGGAAGACGAAGCUCGAGAGUGAGCGCAGACAGUCUGCGCAUCAUGGUGAGGGCGCGGCUGCGCCGAGAGUAAGGGAUUAUGAUGUUGAGGGGAGUCAGAGGGUGGGCGGGUGGGGGGUUGUGGAGGUUGGGGAUGAGAAGAGGAAGUUGAUCUAUGCGGAUGAUCCCGAGGGUUUGAGAAGGGUUAAGGAGAAGGAGGAGAAGGAUAAGAGUAAGGAUAAGGAGUUUAAUGUUGAUCAUGUACAGCGGUAUGAGAUGAUUGCUAAGAAGAUUUGGUGA